AUGGCGCCGAAGGAAAAGAAGACCAAGGAGCAGAUCGCCGCGGCUGCUGCCGCAGGCAGCAAGAAGAGCAAGAAGAAGUGGUCGAAGGGGAAGAGCAAGGACAAGUUGAAUUAUUCGGUGAUGUUUGAAGCAGCAACUUUGGAAAAGUUUCUUUCUGAAGUUCCAAAAAUGAAAUUAAUAACUCCUUUUUCCAUUUGCGAAAGAUUUCGAAUCAACGCCUCCCUCGCGCGCCGCGGCAUUCGCGAGCUGUACAGACAGCAGCUCAUCCGGCCCCUCGGCGACCAGCACCACGCCCACUACAUCUUCACCAAGCCUGCUGCUGCGGGGGCAGCGGCUGGGGGGGCGCAGGCGCGGCGGGCGGCAGCAGCUGCUGCGGCCUCGAGGCCGCCGCCGGCGCUCGCACGGAAACUUCACACGGCGUGCUGCAGCCAUGGGCUGCUGCUGCUGCAGCAGCAGCAGCAGCAGCUGCUGCUGCUGCAGCAGCGGGUGGUGGUGGCGGUUUUUGGGGGGUUGGGGGGUUUCAGGCGGCUGCAGGAAGCUGGGGAGUUGCGGCUAGCUGCUGCUGCUAGCUGCUAG